CCUCCUGAAGCUCCUCAUGGCGCUCGUUCACGAACCUCGAGCUCCCUCACCCUCCCUCUCCGGCUUCAACACGCCUCUCUCCGACCCCCCGUCUUUUCGCCGCCUCGAUGCCGAAACCCCCUGCACACCUGAAAUGGACCUGACGCCGACCCAGUGUGUCCUCAGAAACGUCCUCUCCAUAGACACCGGGGAUGCUGGAGAGCCCGGGGGAGGAGGAGGAGGGGGAGGAGGAGAGGGGAGACCCACCGGACACAACCAGACACCCAGCGAGGAACAACAGGAGCACUUUGCCAACAGCGUGCUGAAACUCCACGAGCACGAUGGGGGUGGUGGAAGGACAGAGGGAGAAGGGCUGGAGCCAGACAGCUCCAUGGUCAGGAGCCAGGCGGACGACGCCAGGUUACAGUGUCAGUCCUCAGGGGGGGGCGGAGGGUUUCUGGAGGGGUUGUUUGGGUGCUUGCGGCCUGUCUGGACUAUGAUCGGCAAGGCUUACUCCACAGAGCACAAACACAACCUGGACGAGGGCUGGGAGGUCCCAUUCGAGGAGAUAUCGGACCUGCAGUGGGUGGGCAGUGGAGCCCAGGGCGCCGUCUUCCUGGGCAGACUGCACGGACAGGAAGUGGCCGUGAAGAAAGUACGAAACAUCAAAGAGACUGACAUCAAGCACCUCCGGAAGCUCAAACACCCCAACAUCAUCACUUUCAAAGGGAUCUGCACCCAGGCUCCUUGUUACUGCAUCAUCAUGGAGUACUGCGCUCAGGGACAGCUGUACGAGGUGCUGCGAGCGGGCAGAAAGAUCACUCCGUCCCUGCUCAUGGACUGGGCCAUGGGCAUUGCUGGGGGCAUGAACUACCUUCACCUCCACAAAAUCAUCCACAGAGACCUCAAAUCACCAAACAUGCUUAUCACCUAUGACGAUGCAGUGAAGAUAUCUGAUUUUGGUACGUCCAAGGAGCUCAACGACAAAAGCACCAAGAUGUCUUUUGCUGGGACUGUAGCCUGGAUGGCUCCCGAGGUCAUCCGCAAUGAACCCGUGUCAGAGAAGGUGGAUAUUUGGUCAUUUGGCGUUGUGCUGUGGGAGAUGCUGACGGGGGAGGUGCCCUACAAGGACGUGGACUCCUCCGCUAUCAUCUGGGGAGUGGGAAACAACAGUCUACAGCUGCCGGUACCUGACAGCUGUCCAGACAGCUUCAAACUGCUCCUGAAGCAGUGCUGGAACUGCAAACCAAGAAACAGACCUUCAUUUCGACAAAUACUUCUACAUCUUGACAUCGCCUCCGCAGAUAUUUUGUCUACACCACAAGAAACCUACUUUCAGUCACAGGCGGAGUGGAGGGACGAGGUGAGACACCACUUUGAGAAGAUCAAGUCUGAGGGGACAUGUCUUCACCGGCUGGACGAAGAGCUGAUCAAACGGCGUAGAGAAGAACUCAGGCACGCUCUGGACAUCAGGGAGCACUACGAGAGGAAACUGGAGAGAGCCAACAAUCUUUACAUGGAGCUCAACGCUAUCAUGCUGCAACUGGAGAUUAAAGAGAAGGAGCUGUUCAAGAGGGAGCAGUCGCUUGACAAGAAGUACCCAGGCUGCUUCAAGCACCCCAGUUCUAGACAGUCGGCCUCCUCCAACUCGAUGGAGAAACUCCUGAAGAAACGCAACAUCCCUCAGAAGCUGUCCUCACACAGCAAGAG